CUCGUUCCUCCGUACAAUUCGAGAUGGUCUCCGUCGGUCGUCGUUGGAUCUGGGCCCUUCUGGCCUCCUUGUUGCUACUCCACACCCUGGCAGAGGCCGGAAGAGGCAAGGAGAUAAUGAGCAAAAUCAAGAAAAAGCUAGCCGAUGCCAAAGUGACGGUGAAGGGUGCGUGGGACAAGUUGACGUCCAAGUCGGAGUACGCCUGUCCGGUCAUCGAGAAGUUCUGCGAAGACCACUGCGCCGCCAAGGAGUCCAUCGGCAAGUGCGAAGACUUCAAGUGUCUGUGUCUCAAGCCCGAGUGACCCGUGUAAAUUUCUUUCGUCUUCAUUAAAUCACGUUUCUCCACGCA